AUGAAAAGAGGAGGAAAAGCGUCACUUUCGUGUCAAGGCCGGCCCGCAUUAUCUCCAGAGCUGCGACCCAAUUGUACGCUCGAGUGUAACACGAGGGACACUAAGAGCCUGUGUACACCCACGCACCUCAUGGAGGAUGUUGCGUGUGUGUUUAAAUAUGUUAGUUCUAAGUUGAACUGUGAGGUGUUGUAUGACGACCUUGCGUUCGAGGUGCGCUGGGCCGUCGCUGGAGAUAGCAUCGUGGUGCAACUCGUCGCCAAGCUCGAGGAUGGCGAAUACAUGUCAUUUGGUAUCUCCGGGAAUGCGAAGCAUUCGCAAAUGGUAGGAGGGGACGUGGCUGUGGCCUGGGUGGACAAGAGCACGCUCAAGGGCUACGCGGUCGACUACUACCUCGACGCCAAGAGUCAGUGCGCGGGGGUCAGAGGAUCGUGCCCUGAUGAGAGACUAGUGGAGAACACAAAUUCUAUCCGCCUACUGAACGCUGCUCUGGUCAACGGUUACUCCAUAGUGACGUACCAGAGGUCGCUGCGGGCAGCAGACGAACUGGACCGCGCCGUGCUCACCAAUGCGUCGCAACCCAUCAUCUGGGCCAUAGGACCGCUCAACUCCAGAAACGAAGUGUCCUAUCAUUCGCACUUUACUAGGGGUGACAAACUGCUGGAGUUCGGUCGCCCGCCAAUGUGGAACUGUCCGAUGCCAGAAGAAGACGACGAUAAGUCGGGGGCAGGCGUUGAAGCCAGUCAUCACCAUCACGACCAUGCGCACGAACACUCACACGACCACGCGCACGACUACGCGCACGACCAUAUGCACGACCACAAGCAUGGCCACAAACACACAAAUAAACACCAAUCUGCCGUGAUCAAACCUAACCCCGUGCCUACUCCAGCACCUGUACCCAGGGUGGUCCCAUGGUCAAUUCCUGCCAUUCAGUGCUACGAGCCGCCAGAUGGCGUUUUCUACGCUCAAAUGGGACCAACCGGUGGCAAGCAGGGAUAUUCAGCUAUUACUGGUCACGUGGGAUGGGGUAUUUCCUGGUACAUCAAUGGCUUGCUCAUUCCGGAGAUCAAUGUGGUGCGCGGGCGCAAAUACACAUUCGUUGUAGAGGGUGGGUACGAUCCCGACGUGCCCGCGAGGUAUCACCCAUUCUACAUCACGAACGAUCCUGUAGGAGGAUACUUCCAUAAGACCGAUGCGGAGAAGCAGGGUAUCAAGAUCUACGCUGGUGUCCGUCAGACCCGAAACGGUAACGUUACACCAAUCGGUGUGGGACGAUUGUGCAACUGGACUCCCGACCCCAAGGGACCUGAAGCUGAUGAAUAUCUCAGCUUCGGCGCCUACCAGAGAGCAUUAACUCUGGUCUGUGAGGAAGGCAAUCCUGGAGUAGUGACCUGGAUACCGGAUAGGAAAACUCCAGAUACUGUGUAUUAUCAGUGUUUCACGCACCGUCAUCUCGGGUGGAAGAUAAACGUGUUAGAUGAGUGCGAUGUCGAGGAGGGCGUUGAAAGUCGUAUUGUCGAGAGGGUAGUUGCUCCUCCUGAUGAUAUGGUAUCCAUGGAGUCAAUUCAGGUACACACACGAGUUACUCCAGACAAAAACUUUAUAAAUGAGCGCAAGAAAGCACAAAAAAUAAUCAAUACGAAAACGAAUUAUGACAAUUUCAGUAGCUUUAAGGGCAGCAGUGGCCUCACGGGCGAAGUUUACCCCGACUCCGAGGGGCCGUACGGGCAGGAGUUUGAAUUGCCGAUAUCCAAUGGACAGAUUGAGGACGUGAUACGAACCGUCGAGACUCUGGAACACAAGAUGAAGGAUGACUUAAAAAGGAACGCAACACAGUACCAAGUCACAGAAGACGUCAAGGAAAUGUUUUUACCAGAACAGCCUAUAAGGGAAGACGAUGAAUACUCAAUCGAUUCUCCUAAAAUACCACAGAAUUAUUUCUUACCAUCUAAUCAGAAGCCUCUGACAUUACAAUCAGUUCUCCAUCCAAAUGGUCAUAAUAAACCUGUUGGGCAUAUGAGACCACCGUUUCGUCGACCCGUACCUCCUGAAAUAAAACUCCGUAGACCUCCUCCUCCAGGGUACCAAAAAGGUACCUAUCCGCUUCCUAUGCCAAACCAUCACAACAUGUAUGGACCAGCAAAAAAACCACCAUCAAAAAUUGUUCCGAAUCGACUACCUUCAAAUGUGAAUCGACCACCUUCAACCAUGGAACGUCCGCCGCCAACUAUGGACCGACCACCGUUAUCUAUAAACAGAGGCACCUCGACACCUCCAUUGAAAACCAUGCAUGCACAGCAUCCCUCUAAAUCUAAAUACAACCAAAUCACGAAACUAGUUUCAAAAAAAAAUCAAAGUACUCCCUUAAGUCAUCUGCAAACCAUAAUUAUGGGCAAACCCAGUAUGAUUCAACCUACUCUUCCAUUGCCACCUCAAAGUCAAAAGGUAAAUUUAGGUCAAUCGGAUAUAAUUGCUAGCCAUGUGGUCAAAAGUCAAAUAAUGCUGCCAGGUGCUAACGACGCAGUUGCUCAACAAAGCAUUAAACAGACGUAUAUAAAUGUUCCAGGACAAAUAAUAUUAGGUAAACCAAUGGAUAACCCUAUGCCUUUAGAUCAACAAAUGAUGCAAACGAAGCAAUAUGGUUUACAAACAUCGUCUACACCGCUACCAGCCCAUGUACAAUCUACGCAGCGUAUUCAUAUGAAUCCUGAUCAUAAUCAAACAUUACAGAAUGAAAUGAAGUCUUCCGAUUUUAUCGGUGAGUCGGCUGACGCAUUUUUAAUACAACCCGCGGUUAACACAGGUUUUAAGCCAGACUCUAUCGUUGUCGAAAGUGGCUUCAAACCUAUAAUUAGAGAACCAUUAAUGGCUGGCGAAGACAGGAUAACUGAUGAGUAUGAGACUCUUGGUAGCAAUAGAAGAGAAGAUACCGAUAUUCAAGAAGAUUACGAAGAACCAGCCCAGAUUGUUUCCUCCAAACAUAAAUAUCCUAGCGAUCAACUGACAGAGACAUUUGAACCUAUGUUUAUACCAUCACCAGAAGACCAUUUGCUUUCUACCAAUGAUAGAACAAAAGAAAUAUUUCCACCAAACCACGCUAAAGAAGACAGGCCGCAUCCAGUGUAUGUAAAGACAAAGAAUGAACUAAAUGCAAUAUUCAACAAGAAAAAUUUAGAAAAAGAUAUCUCUACUGAUUUGGUAAUGGAACCAGAUAGGAUCAGCCCCCACUAUCUUCCCCCUGAUCCGAAGUUACCUAAGGAACACUAUCAAAAGUUGUCAAAUCAAGAGACUUUUACUACAUAUGAUGGCAAAACUGUAUCAGGGGCAACAUUGACUAGUGUACCCGAGGCUAAGCCACCUAAAUUAUUCUCUGCUAAACUGCCCGCAAAUACUAAAGAACUACUUAAAACUCCUCAAUUCGGACCAUUUAAAGGAGAAAUUCCCCCUCCAGUUGAAGCACAUAUAACUUUAGAUGAAAAAAGUAACAUCAAUGUAAGGAUGACCAACUUAAAACUUGUCGACGAACAAAAACCAAAAAAUGUUUCGGAUCAUGAUCUGAACACAACAACAAGUAGCUCAGUAAUGACUCAACUCAACGCCACGGAGCAUCCAGAUGAAUAUGAAGAAGUAGAAGAAUACGAAGAAGACCAAGUAGAUGAAGAUUUAAAAAAGAGAGUUAAGAGGGAUACAAAUGACACAACAUUUGAUUUGAGACAAACUAACGGGCACAGCAAACCCAUCAAUCAAGCGGAUUUCGAAAUUUUAAGGUCCACGGGUACCACCUCAAAUACAAGAAUCAGUGGGAUGACUCACAUAGUAUUACUAGCGAUAUGUAUGAAAUUGCUAUAA